AUGGCAACAAAGAGGGGGCAUAACCCUCCUAAGUUUAAGGGCAAGUUCGACCCUGAGGAAGCCCAGAGGUGGUUGGCUGAUGUGGAGAAGAUAUUCCAUCCCAUGGGGUGUAGGGAAGAGCACAAGGUGAACUAUGCCACCUACAUGCUGUGUGGGGAGGCAGAAGACUGGUGGAGGUUUGCCAGUCAGAUGUUGCCACAAGAGGGUGACUAUAUUCAGUGGGAAGCAUUUAAGGCGAGCUUUCUGAGGAAUUACUUUCAUCGAGACUUGAAGAAGCAGAAGGCUUGGGAGUUCCUUGAGCUGAAGCAAGGGAGUGUGACAGGGGAACAUGAAGAUGGAAAGGAAGAUAUGUGUACUCAGUUUGAGCAUGGGCUGAGGCUAGAGAUUUGUGCUGCUAUCAACGUGUUUCAGCUGACUAACUUGCCUACCUUGGUGAGCAAGUGUCGAAUCUUCGAAGCCAAUUCUAAAGACAAGACUGUGGACACCAGGGGGAAUGGUCCAAUGAGGCAAGACAGAAGACCCCAUAGAUUCUCUAAGGGGUCGUAUUCGAGCUCCAGCCACUUACAGUCCAAAGGGACUUCAUCUCAGGAAAGGAGCAGUGAGAGUGGCUCAGGACCAGACUCUUUCAAAGGGUCGAUUAAGUACUUUAAGUGUGGAGGGCCACACAUGCUGAGAGAUUACCCACAGCCACAAACCAACUGUGGCAACUGCGAGAAGCUAGGGCACACUGCUAAUAUGUGCUGGGCUGCUAAGAGAAGCGGUAGUGCAAGCACAACCCAGAGGCCUGAAUCAAGAGGGAGCACGAGGCCAAGUACAGGGCCAAAGCCAAGUAUUCCUGGGAAAGUCUUUGUCACGAGUGGGGCAGAAGCUUCACAAUAUGAGGAACUUAUCAGAGUUUAA